AUGAUAGACCAUGUACUCGGAAGGCCUUCUUCGCAGUUUCGCAAAUACCAAGUCGUUGCCGUCGUGUCAUUCUGGUCGCUAUACUUGCUGAGAGGCGACAAGCAUGGCCCGCCUGUUCUUCGAUCCCUCUCGCAGCGCGUCGCGAAACGUCUCACCCCCUGGCGGUCCGUCGUCUUGACCUUCCUAUGGCUGUACAUGUGCCGGAACUUCGGAAAGAUUGUCGGCCUCGAGUCCCCAGAACCUCUGGCGAACCUGUACAGCAGGGCCUUCUUUCGAGCAACAUGGGUCACGACGGCGCUGGAUGCUGGCUUCUGGAGUGCCAUGAAGAUACGGAACAAGCCGUUGAGAGACCUGUGCUCGAUGAUCUUCACGAUAUACUACCUCUUCGCGGCGGAGCAGGCAGAGGAGAAGGUCCGCAAGGUCCGAGCAGUGCUGACCGUCGACCACUUGCGUGUGGCAUGGAACAAACCCACGACGCCUUACCUGAAAUUUUUCACAGCACUGAUGAGGCCGCGGUUCACAAAGUACAAGCCACGCCGGAUUCGGAUCCCCCGACCGAAGCAGUCACACUACAAAGAACCUGUCGUUGCGUGGAUGUAUUUUGACGGCACGCUCGCAGAGCUGGAAAAGCAGGAGAACGUGGUGCUCGACAUUCCCGGCGGAGGUUUCGUCGCCAUGGACCCGAGGACGAGCGACGACAAACUGCUCGCUUGGGCAGGGAGAACGGGCCUGCCCAUCCUGAGCUUGGACUACCGCAAGGCGCCCGAGUAUCCUUACCCGUAUGCCCUGAACGAGUGUUUCGACGUCUACACGCAGAUCGUCGCCACCCGAGGCCGAUGUAUCGGCAUGAAGCCGGAUUCGUGCCCCAGGAUCGUCAUCACAGGCGACAGUGCCGGAGGGAACCUAGCAUGCGGGACGACUCUGAUGGUCAUUCAAUCCAACCAGACGGGCGCUUCUUCUCGCGGGAUCCUACCUUCCCCGGCCGGCCUGGUCCUGCUGUACCCGGCCCUGGACUUCAACAUUGGCAGCUGGAUGGCGGACGACCAAAUGGCCUUGAUCCGCAACCCACGCACGGCCAAGAAGUACGAGCGGUUCAUCAAGCGGAAGAGCGAAGACAUCGACCGCCGAUACACGCCCACGACGCCCAAGCCCACCAGCGACGACGACGACGACGAUCCGAACCACGACUUCUUCGCCCCUCGUGGCGGAAAGUCGGAGAUCCAGCCCGCCGGGCGCCAGAACGCAGACAUCGAAGCGCAGAAGCAGGCCGUGCAGACGUCGAAGCCGCAAACCCUCAGAACCCGCCUCGCCGUGUCCAGCAUCAUUUCUUACUUUGGCGACCGCAUCCUCACGCCGGAGAUGAUGCGGGCCAUGAUCAUCCUGUACGUCGGCCCUUACAACCGGCCCGACUUUACGACGGACCACCUCCUCUGCCCGGCCGUGGCGCCCGAGGGCCUGCUCGCCAAGUUCCCCAAGACGUACUUUUUGACCGGCGAGCGCGACCCGCUCGUCGACGACACGGUCAUCUUCGCGGGCCGCCUGCGGCAGGCCAAGCUCCACCUCUUCCGCGACCGGCAGGAGGUGGGGCUGGAGAAGUCGACGACGGAAUUCCACGAGAAGGACCACGUCGAAGUCACGCUCAUCCCGGGCAUCAGCCACGGCUUUGUCAGUUUCGUGAGCAUCUUCCCCGAGGGCUGGACGCACGUUUUCCGCUGCGGGAAAUGGAUCGCCGACAUCUUCGCCCGGCCGCCGCACAUGUUUGAGGGGCCGAGCAUCGAGGCCCGCCUGCGCAACGGGAGCCUCCACCAUGACUCGAGCUCGUCGCUCGAACUUGCGACCACCGAGGCGAGGCAUCAUAGCCGGCGAGCCACGGGGGAGAGCAUGGACGACGACGCCCCCCUCGUCAUGUCGAGUCUUACACAGCCGAGCAAGGAUUCGACUGCGGCGGGCCACGCAGACGGCGCGGUCAAGGGCGAGCAUUCUUGGCAGAAGCAACACGGAGCAAAGGACAGGGAUAAAGAGAGGCCGGCCCGGAAUAAGAGCCUCGUCAGUCUAGGCAGUGAAGAAGACCUGCUCAAGCGGCGGAUGAAGGGCCUCACGGUGGGACUGUUGGGUUCGCAAGAUACGUGA